AUGCGAUUAAUUUUCGGCCUUGUGCUCGCGCUGGCCUGCGUUGUUGGAAGGAGCCAGUCCUCCGCCGUGGUGGAAAGGUUGGAAAGAAUUCCGUUAGAAUUCGCAACCUUUCUAGGUGAUUUUCGGUCCAGUAAUCACACCGUGGAUAUUAGCUACUGGAAGGAUCAGAACUGCGUUUAUGAUUUGCAACUGUUUGGUCUUGCACUGCAGGAAGAACAACCAUGGGCCUUGAAUGUUUACGAUUUGUGGGGCAAAAUGCCGGCCGGAUUACUACAGGGAAAUUAUUUCACACCGGGUAAUUUCGAGCGGUGCCGCCAUUUGGCCACCAAAUUGUUCGACGGCCAACACUGCACUGUGCAGUUCGGUUUCGAUUCUAUGAAACUUCCCCUGAAUCCACUUUGGUUGGGCAUUUGUGUUCCUGAUUCGUGCGAACCGCGGCUGGUCAAAAGUUUAACGAAUUAUUUCGCGCAACAGUAUGGGUUAGAUACCGUCGACGAUUACAGCCAGGCGGAGUUCUGCUACCGGGAGGAGCUGGGUGAGGAGUUUGGUGGAGUCACUAUCAGUGCUAUUGUCGUAUUGAGUUGUAUUGCGGGGGCGAUUGUUAUGUUCACGGUAGUUGAGGUUCUUGGCAUGCUGCUGAAGCUGUCAAUUCCACAAUUCCUGAAGGAUCUUUCACUGUACAGCAACCUGGCCAUGCUGUUCAAAACCGAGCCUAAAGCCGAACAAAAAACCGACACUUUGGACUGCGUAUAUGGAAUUCGCUCGCUUCUAAUGUUGCAGAUCAUAGUUCAUCAUGUUCAUCAUGCUCUGAGCACCAUUCCGGUUACGGACGACAACGCCAGACGGGAGUACUUCGACGAUGCAGGCGGAAUUAUUAGCUAUCGUGUGACGGCCCUAUGUGCGGACAUGUUCCUAGUGCUAAGUGCAAUGUUACUCACGUACGGUAUCAUGAAAGAGCUGACGCUCAACGCCGGCAAGCUGAACGUGUGGAAGCUUUGGCUGCAUCGAAUUGUUCGAAUCUUUCCCGCCUAUGCAAUGUUGGUCUACUUCUGGAUCGCUUUCGGCGAGUACUUCGGCGAAGGUCCACUUUAUCGGCAUCUGGUGCAGCCGACGGUCGACGCUUGCAACGAUCACUGGUGGUCGGCAAUGCUGUUUGUGCAGAACUACGUCAAUCCGGAUCGGCUGUGCAUUGCCCACACCUGGUACCUAUCGAUCGACAUGCAGCUGUACAUCAUCACUCCGCUGCUGGUGUACAUCCUGUGGAAACUGGGUCCGCAGUUCGUUCCGGGGCUAGCCUUCCUGAUGCUGGUUUCCAUGGCCUGCGUGUUUGCAACCUUCAGCGGUAACGACUUCUGGCUGACGCCGGAAAUGGACCCCGAACGGGAACAGCAUCGUUUGCGGUCCACCUACUACGCGACGCACGCCCGGAUGUCGGUAUGGUUUUUCGGCAUCGCUUUCGGCUAUUUUCUGUUCCGCACGCGCGAAAAGCAGGUCAAGUGGUCACCGGUAGUGCUAACGGUGGUGUCCAUUCUGAUGACGGCACUGGCCGCGGUCAUUAUGUACGUUACGACCGAAAUAUACAAGACGCGUGGGGUGUCCGUAGCGGGUGAUGCGUUCUACGAGACGCUGCAUCGGGUUGCCUGGGUCGGUACCCACAUGUGGCUUAUCUUUAUGUGCGUCAACGGUUACGGUAGUGUGCUGGACAGCUUCCUAAGUUGGGCCCUGUGGCAACCGAUUGCUCGCUUGUCCUAUUGUAUGUAUUUGAUCCAUUACCUGGUCGUGGUGGUCAUCUUGGGAGGAAUCGUCCAGGAGCCGCUCUUCUUCAGCACGGUCAACGUGCAGUAUAUGACAGUGGGAGUAGUCGCGAUAACCGGAGCAGCGGCCCUUGUCUGGGCGCUAUUUAUCGAGCGUCCAUUCUUGGCUAUAGAACGAAACAUUUGGCAAUGGGUUGGUAAAUUACAACAAUAA